UAAUCCGCGCCAAACUAUACUGCUAUGAAAUAUUUCGAAUUAAUCAUCUAAGUUGAACCUUAUAUAAUUUUAAUUUGUUUCAGUAGUAUAAACGAUGUAAGGAGAUAACAAUUACUCAUUAAACACUAGCACCGUUUAGUUUAUUUCCUUCUCACAUCGCACCGCCCUCUGUAUUUCCUUCACAUUGCUCUCCGUAUUUCCUUCGAGUCGCUCGCGUUACUCAGCAGCUCACAAGUGGUGUAGGAGAUUGCUGUGUUUGCAUGCUGGAUUCAAACUUGGAAAAGAGUGAUACAAAAGAAAGUGAGGAACCCUAGCCUUCUUUCUCUUUUCUUCAAUUUCCUCUUUCCCAUUCAAAAAUGCCAAGAGCUAGACCUAAGAAAAACGUUAAAGCAGCGCACUCGGUACCUGAACCCACACAAACUCACCUCAUGGACCACGAAAUCCAAGAAUUGGAGCGACAGAUCGGUGAGAUUAGGGCAGUUAAGGAGGUUAAAACCAAACACUUGCUGGAAGAUUUGCAAUUGCUUCGCUCAUCUUUCAGCGAGGAACAACUCCAGAAACCCGUGUUUGAGAUUUUUGAACGAAUUCUUCCAAAUUUGUCCAUUGUGAAUGAUAAAGAGAGGAACAUAUGUGACGUGACAUGGAAAGAUAAAGCGCCUAUGACUAUGAGCAUGAGCUAUGAUGAUGUACAUGCUUCGUUGCUUCAAAGGUUGUCCAUGGCUUAUCCUCACUGCCCCUCUUCAAUUCCUCCUUCUGCUGGGAGAACAAGUUUUGCUGGUGCCAGUAAUCCGUAUUUGAAGGAUUUUGUUUUGGAGGAACUAUCCGAAGCUCAAACUUUAGGAAUGCAAGAAGGUCUUGAGACUCCCGGUGUGAGUAGUCAGAGGAUGUCUGUUGGGAUGACGCCCAAAACACUCAGGCUUCCCAAGCCUGGUGAGAUGCUUCUCUCUGUCCAUGGAUCACCCCUAGGUGCUUACAAGGACAAUAACAUGGAAGCCAUACAAGAGUCGGAAGAGAGUUAAAUUCUGCUUAAAUAUCUUGCAGUUCAGGAUGAAGCUUUUCAUGUUUCUGUGUUUCUAAUGUUGUUUACUUGUCCUUGCAAUAGAAAAAGUAAUGGACACCUCACUCCCUCUGGUUCACACAGCAUAGAAAAUUUCUGAAGUUGUUUACUUAUCCCUGCAUUAGAAAAAAUAAAAAUUUGACAUUGUUUA